AAGCACUUACUAAAGAACAAAAUUACUAAACGAUUAAAAAAUUUUUAAUCUAAUAGUCGUAAAUUUUCAGCCACCGAAAAAAAGCAAUUGUAACAUAGAAUAAACGAAAACAAAAGUACAGUAAUAAAGGUACAGAAAACUUGAAGAAUAAAAGAUAAUACACUCAAGCAAAAGAAAUGCGCAACUUAUUACAUUAAGUUUCAUCAUGCUGAAGUGUUGGUGAACUUUGUUCAAAUAUUUCUUCGUGGUGUAAAAAUUUUUUUAAAAACCAUAAUAAUUGAAUUUCAUUUUUUUUUUUAAUUGAAAUUAUGAUUAGAAGAUUAUGCAUUUUUUUCGUGAUAAUGGUUGCCAUAGUUAUUUAUAGUAUCAUAAAUACAAAUUCAAACAGUAAUACUUAUAUCCAACACAGAGACAAUAUUACGAUAAAAACUAUAAAAAAUAGAAUACAAAACAGGCAUGUGUCAACUAGUAUCAAAACAAACCCAACAUUUACUUCAGAUGGAAAUAAACAGGUUACAUUAAACACAACAAGGUUGGUAACAUUAGAAGAUAAUGAUAAAUUUUUUAAAAAGUAUUGGCUUUUACAACGUGAGUACAUGAGUAACUUUACAAGGAUAUUAGAGCCGUGCAAUAAUGAAACAGAAUGGAUGCCACAUUACGAUUCGAGAAAAAAACGCAUGCAUACAUCUGUAAAAUUUAGUCACGUGACGCUUGAUAUACAGCCUGCAGGUCAAUUCAGCAGGAUAGUUAUAUUUUCAAAAGAUUUAACAAACAAUCAGAAAACUUUUGGAGGUGACGUGUGGCGUGUUUUUGUUUAUGGUGAAACUUCAGUACCUGUAACUCUUCAUGAUCGGCUAGACGGUUCUUAUGAAGCUAUUUUUUUAAUUAUGGAUCCUGGUCUAUACUAUGCUAACAUGCAUUUAGACUAUACACUGUGUGACGGACUCAAAGAUCCACCUCAAAAUUGGUUUGUUAAUGGCAAUGCUCAGGGAAAAUACCAACCACCUCACAUACUAUCAGGAAAUGAAAGAUCAUUUUUGGAUGAAAAAUUUCCGUCAAUCAUACGUUUUCAAGUAGAAAAGAAAUCCUCCAUUUUCAGAAUACUUAAAGAGAAAAAAUGGUUCCAUCCAAAAGAAUCAUGCUAUAUGUGGGAUGGUUUUGGCCGAUGGUUUAACAACAAAACAUGGAAAAUGUACUUACCAGAACCAUUCAUAAAAAAAACAGAUACACAUAAAGAAAAAGGAAAAGGAAUUCUUUGGAUUUUUGGUGAUUCAAUUGGUGACUUCUUAUACAGAGCUAAUAUUAAUAAACAACUUUGUAAAAAGACAUUUUCAACAUGUAAUAGAACAUACAACUGGGUAUAUGACACACAUGGUGAUCUAAAAAAAGCAAAGCUCGAAGAUAAUGAUGAAGACUUUAGUAUAGAAAGAAUAGUGAAUGAACUUCGCCAAGUCAUAGAAAAACUUGAUGAAAAUAGUUUACUGUUUUUAAAUUAUGGUUUGCAUUUUGUGCAAACAAUACCUUUUAAAAAAUUUCAAACUAUGUUAAAUGCUGUAAUUGAUCUUUUAAAAGAAAAACAGAAAAGAAAAAACCGAACAAGCAUUAUUUGGAAAACAACAACAGCUUUUCAGAAAUGGAAAUGGGGGGAUCCAAAGUAUAACGGAAGGUUCAGCAAUGACAACAGAUUUUUAACAACUCAGAGGGUACAGCUAUUCAAUGCUUUCGCAUCAUACCAAAUGUGCAAAUCUGGUUUUAAUGUUCUAGAUGUAUAUCCCAUGUCCUUGUCAUAUCCAGACGGAACUGGCACAGUAUUGAAACCUUGGGAUGCAGUUCAUUAUGAACCAAUUGUUUUUAAAUCAGUUGAAGAUUACUUAGCUCAGUACUUUGAUGUAUAAUGACUGUUUUAUACCAUUAUUAUUAUUAUUAUUAUUAUUAUUAGAUUUUCUUAACAAUUAAAAAAAUAAAUAUUAUAAAUACAAAAAGUAUUUACUGUUUGUGAGAACUUGUUGUUGAAUCGGGUAAAGAAUCUAAAUAUUGAACAUAAUUAUUAGUAAUACAUUAAACACAAUAUACAAGAUGGUCAUAAAAAUGAAGUUUUUCUUGUUUUUUUAACUUAUUUCAAGUUUAAUGAUUUUUUUUAUAACUUACUCUCGAGUUCCUAAUAAACGUCCCUCCCCUUUAUUAAUUU